AUGACUUCGGCCCUCUCCCCUCUUCCUCACUACUCUUCUUCGCCACGCCUGGACAUGACCCGACACAGUCAGAAUCCUUAUUAUCGCUUCCUCUCUCCAUCUCCUUCUCGUCACACGCUCCGCCGUCAAAGAUCCUCCUCGGUCCCGUCCGUCUACUAUAACGGAAUGCUCGAACAUUUCCCCAUGGAGCAGCCCAGGCGGCGAGAUUAUCCUACUUAUCACCACCAUAACCACCAUAACCACCAUAGCCACCAUCACGAGCCCCGUCGCCACUCUACGAUGCGCUCAGGACGACGUCAGUCUCGAUACCCGCGUGACUCACUCCUCGUUAAUCCCGACAUCAUCGACCGUCUCGAUGACGCGGGAAUUUAUCAGUACCACCACGAAGGCCCUUAUGACGCCGUCUACCCCGAAAGAAACCACGACACCAAGGCGAGUCCCGUCGAGGCCCUCCAAACAUCAAACGCAGAGGCUCUCAAGGCCACCCCGUCCGACAAAAUUCGCGACUGUCUCGACGGCCACCGUCCACUAGAUGGAGUGGCUUAUUUCCCACCCGGUCACACCGACAGGGAAGGCCAAACUUAUGAAUACGAAGAGGGAACCAACAUGAUGAACGAUUAUGGAAAUUUUAUGCGCUGUCCCGGAUUGAAAUUUACCGACGAGGACUUCAAGAACGACCCAUUUUACAACAAACCUCUUCCCAAGCCAUUUGCCUCGCUUCGAAAGGUGUUGAACUUCCGCCGUCGACGGGGUACGACUUGA